CGUAUUUAACUCGAAUUUCGCGGAAUGCACAAGCUACCCCUCUCGUUCCUGUUGCUCACCUGCGUCGGCUACUGGAGGCCGACCACCUGGCCGGCGAACUCGUUGAAAUACUGGCUGUACAAUGCGUACUCGUUGAUCAUGAUCUUUCUGCUGUACCUUUUCACGUUCUACGCGUUCGUCGACGCCAUAAUUAGCAAGGAUCUGAACACCACCACCGACAAGUUCUCGCUCUGCAUCUCGGUGCUCGGCGUUUGCAUGAAGGUCGCCAAUCUGUUCAUUCAGCGCAAGAGGAUCGUCAGCGUGGUGAACAGCCUGUUGAAGAAGAUCCAUGUGCCAAGGGACGAGGAGGAGAUGAUCAUACAGCGGAAGUUCGACAACCAUGCCAGAAAGCUGACGCUGUACUGCGAGGUGCUGAACGAAUCGGCAGCGUCUGUCGGGACAGUGGGUCAAUUGAACCAACUAAUCAGCACAAGGACCCUGCCGAUCUCGAACUGGGCGCCUUACGAUCUGUCCUCGCCGACGAUCUACGCCGCGUCUUGGAUCCAGCAAACGCUGAGCCUGUUGGUGUGCGCGAACACCAGCGUGGCCCACGAGACCCUGAUCUCCGGGCUGAUGAUCCAGAUCAGCGCGCAAUUCGAAAUAUUCUGCCAUCGAGCGAGAUCGCUACCAGCUUUGCUGACGGAAGCAGAGAGAUUAUCCCAAUCCGCGGCGGACUUGAAGAUCAGAAGGAAGAAGAUUCUGAAGAACUUGAUCGAGCACCAGCUCGGGAUCUACAAAUUCGCACACAAUGUGAACACGGUUUUCCAGUACAUGAUCCUUCUGCAGCUCAUGGUGAGCUCCAUGGUGCUCUGCCUGACUAUUUACAAAAUGUCGACGGCGCACUCGCUCGACGUGAACUUCGCAUGGAGCUUAUCCUAUUUGUGCAGCAUGCUCAUGCAGGUGUAUUUAUACUGCUGGUACGGAAACGAGGUGACGUUGAAGAGCACAAAAGUCUGCGACGCCAUUUACCAGAUGGACUGGACCUCGCUUCCAGUGAGCAUAGUGAAAGACCUGCUGAUGAUCAUGAUGAGGUCCAGGAAGCCUGUCAAAAUGUCCAGCGCCCAGGUCAUCACUCUGUCCACGGAGUCGUUCGUCACCGUUAGUUGAGAAACUGUUCGCCUCGUUCAUGGAAACGAACGCUGUUUAACGAUCGUGAAUUCCAGAUCAUAAAGAUGAGCUACUCGUCGUACAACAUCUUGAAGGACUCGUCUAACAACUAACAGGUUCACCACCGGUCACGCUUACUUGAUAUUGUAAUUUUGUAACUUUCGUAAGAAUACUCGCGGAGACGUCAUUACUACGACCAACAAUUCCAUAUCAGAGGCGGAAAAUAAAUCGGCAUGAUCAUC